AUGGAGGCUCAAGAAGCAGUGAAACCGCAACCACGAGCAAAGUUAAGACAUUUUCGUGGAAGAAACUAUUCAGUACGCAUAAGAGGAAUGAGCCGAACACAGUAUAUUAGAAUGAAAUUGGCGUAUCACAAAAUGAUGGUCGAAAAGUACCGAAGCGAACUUCUGAUUUCAAAAAGGAGAAAACACAAUUCCUUUUAUUCUUUACAACAAGUAGAACUAUCGCAAUGUAUUGAAAAGGAAUCGGAAAAGAAUAGCGAACAUCAAAAAACUGAGGAAAGGCCAAAUGGAGAUUCAGAGACAAAGAACGACUUUCUCAGAAGGAUGUAUGGUGUCGAUGAGACGAUUAAACGAGUUAACGCAGUCGACCAGGGCCCUCUGUCAUUAAGACGGAGAAUCUUCCUUCCCGACUUUAUGGGCGAGGACGACCUGCAGAGCUAUUUACAGUCUGUGCGAAGCGUGAUGGGUGAAUGA